CUCCCUAGCCCUCGUCUACUUUCCGUAUCAUCUCCUUUCAGCCGCACUUCCCCACUUAAAACGAACAUAUUCACAUUCACUUUCACUCCAUUUCUCACUCCGCCAUUUCUCCCCUUUCCUCUGCUCAACUCCACCACCAUCAAUGGCGGCAAAUUCCUCAUCAAUGGAGUCCCUAAUCCUCAAACUUCACGAAAUUUCAGCCGUCAAAUUCGGCAACUUCAAACUCAAAUCCGGCAUAACUUCCCCAGUUUACAUUGACCUUCGCUUAAUCGUAUCAUACCCUUCACUCCUCUCUCAAAUCUCCCAAACCCUAAUCUCCGCCGUCGCCGCCUCCUCUCCUCCGGCCACAUUCGAUGUCAUCUGCGGCGUUCCUUACACUGCGCUUCCCAUCGCCACCGUCGUCUCCGUCUCUAAUGAUAUCCCCAUGCUUAUGCGCCGGAAAGAGGUUAAGGCUUAUGGUACUGGUAAACUUAUUGAAGGGGUUUUUCAGGCUUCGCAAACUUGCCUCAUUAUUGAAGACCUUGUGACUAGUGGUGCUUCUGUUCUUGAGACUGCUGCUCCUUUGAGAGAUUCUGGUCUCGUUGUCACUGACGCUGUUGUUUUGAUUGAUAGGGAACAGGGUGGAAGAGAAAAUUUGGCCGAAAACGGGAUAAGAUUGCAUUCAUUGUUGAAGCUGAGUGAGAUGGUUGGAGUUUUGAGGAGGUUGGGUAAGGUAGAGGAAGAAACGGAGAAGAUGGUGUUGAAGUUCUUGGAGGAGAAUAAGAAGGUAUCCGUGCCAAGUGUGGUGAAGGAGAAGGUUGGAGGAUCGAAGAUGGGUUACGAGGAAAGGGCUAAGUUAGCUAAGAAUGAGACUGGUAGGAAAUUGUUUGAGAUUAUGGUAAAGAAGGAGACCAAUUUGUGCUUGGCCGCUGAUGUUGGUACAGCUGCUGAGUUACUUGACCUGGCUGAUAAGGUUGGACCAGAAAUCUGUUUGUUGAAGACUCAUGUUGAUAUAUUGCCUGAUUUCACCCCAGACUUUGGUUCAAAACUUCGAUCGAUUGCAGACAAGCACAACUUCCUUAUUUUUGAGGAUCGCAAAUUUGCUGACAUUGGCAACACCGUAACUAUGCAGUAUGAAGGAGGUGUCUACCGCAUCUUGGAUUGGGCUGACAUAAUUAAUGCUCACAUCAUCUCAGGCCCUGGGAUUGUGGAUGGUCUUAAAUUGAAGGGUUUACCUCGUGGUAGGGGCCUUUUGCUGUUGGCUGAAAUGAGCUCUGCUGGUAAUCUUGCAACAGGAGAUUACACAGCGGCAGCUGCAAAGAUUGCCGAGGAUCACUCAGAUUUUGUCAUAGGUUUCAUCUCGGUUAAUCCGGCAUCUUGGAAAUGUGGACCUUUGAAUCCAUCCCUAAUUCAUGCUACACCUGGAGUUCAAAUGGUUUCUGGUGGUGAUGCUCUUGGCCAACAGUACAACACUCCACACUCAGUUAUCUAUGACAGAGGCAGUGACAUGAUAAUUGUUGGUCGUGGAAUCAUUAAAGCAGCAAAUCCUGGAGAGGCUGCUCGUGAAUACCGAGUCCAAGGUUGGAAUGCAUAUUUGGCGAAAUGUACAUAAAUCAAACAAGUCUGCUUGGACUUUCUCAGUUUUGCAUUGUGAUGGCCUGACUUUUCCAAUAACCUGUAACUUUGUUCAAGGGAAGACCUGAAUAGAUUACACCGAUGAUUCAACUAUAGGGUUCAAAUGUAUUCUAGCUAGGGCCGUUAGGCUUUUGAUCUGGCUUGAUUUAUUGUAUUCUCUUUGUAUUUUAGAAUGAUGGUAUUGAGCCAUUAUUCUUGAGUGCUACAUAAUGCCUUGGACAAAUUGCGCCCAACAUAUCUCUAUAUUUGAGUUUGCAAAAAAGUAAAAGUUUAAUAAUCCAGGCUACUGCAGUUUUAUCUCAA